AUGACCCAGAUGUUUUUCAUGCACUUCUUUGGAGGUGGAGAGAUGUCUCUUCUGAUAGCUAUGGCCGUCGACAGGUAUGUCGCCAUAUGCAAACCCUUGCACUACAAGACCAUCAUGAGUCACAAGGUGCUCAUUGUGUUUCUACUGCUCUCGUGGGUGAUUGGGCUCACACAUACCACAAGCCAGAUGAUUUUCACAGUGGGUUUACCUUUCUGUGGUCCAAAUGUUUUGGACAGCUUUUUCUGUGACCUCCCCCUGGUCAUCAAGCUUGCCUGCACUGAUACCUACACCCUAGAGCUCCUGGUGAUUGUGAACAGUGGGCUCCUGUCCCUGGUCUGCUUAAUUCUCUUGCUCAUAUCCUAUGCUGUCAUGCUGGUCACCAUCUGGCAUCACUCCUACAGUGCAUCCUCCAAGGCUCUGUCCACACUCUCUGCUCACAUCACUGUGGUCACUCUCUUCUUUGGUCCUGCUAUCUCCAUCUAUGCUUUCCCAUUUAAUAGUUACUCUGUAGAUAAGUUUCUUUCUGUGUUUUACUCUAUAAUCACCCCUCUUCUUAAUCCAAUUAUUUAUACUCUGAGGAAUCAGGAAAUGAAGGCAGCCAUUAAGAGACUGAGCAGCCAGCAUAUUGGUUCUUGGCUCACCCACUAA